AUGGCUUUGAUUGACACAGUCAUCCGUUUUCGUGAUCGCGAGGGCGAGCGAGACCCUCUCAAAGCGACCUGGUAUCUAAUGGCCACCGCUGCUCUUACAGGUGCUGGGGCUGGAUCAGCCGUUCCCUCAGUAUACCGUGCCGCUACAACCGGCCUGCCUCUCGAACUGGCCAGGCUGGUCCAACGGAGAUUGAAAGAGGCAAUCCUCAAAUCGACGAUCUUUGUGGGAGUACCACGCUCGGCAGGGGCAGCGUUCGCACUGUUCCGAGAUUUAAGUGACGAGGAAAUCGAUCAUUAUGGACCCCGGUUCGAGUCAUACGACGACCCAGAGGAACAAGAUAAAAGGGAAGCCCGCGGGAAGAAGUUUUUUGAUAUUCUUUGGACUCCAGCAGGGGCUGAAGGUGUUCGAGCGACUCUGAAGAAGUACCAACCAGACUUUUAUCUCUUAAACCAGAGGCUCAUUUACGAAUACUGGGGUUCUGAAGAUAGAAUUCUUAAAGCCGUGGAGACGGAGCUUGUCGCUAUUGCCAGUCUGGUUGCAAUGAACUGUCCUGAACAGCUAGUUUGGCAUCUGAAGGGAGCCAUCCGUCACGGGGCCACAACAAGCCAGGCGCAAUUUGCUUACGAUCUGGCACGCGCAGCCUCAAAAGCUGCGGGCUGCGAGCUCAGUGGUAUCCCGAGGUGGGAGGAUUUGCAUUGGGAGACACCAAACUCUGCUGAAGAGGAGAUUCUGAACUGA